UUUGGCAACUAGGGGACCAGGGUGGUCAGGAAUGGGCCGGCCCCUCCCUCUCCAUCCCCACAGAGCAGGGCCUUAGGCCCGUGACAGAAGUGCCAGGCCACAGCCAGCCCACCCCCAGAGGGGCACAGGCAAGAGGCACCCGACCCCUGGUGGUGGCAGCGGGCGCAGGAGGGCAGCACGCAGCUGGGGUGUGCGUGGGUGGCAGCAAGGAGGGGCAGAGGGAGGAAGCUGGCUUCCUGAAGCCUCCUCAGCCCUCAAAGACCGACCAACAGACAGACAGACAGCUGGCAAGAGGCAGCCUGGGGGGGACACAGCUGCUUCAGUGAACCUCAUGGAUGAGUGAGGCCCAGCACACCCUCCCCCCCAGCAUGGUCCAGGACCGUGGUGGGUGCUCCCGAGCACAGCUGCCGACCUGGUCUUCGGAGGCAGCCAUGACCCAGCCUCCACCCACCAAGGCACCGGUCAAGAAGCAUGUGAGGCUUCAGGAGAGGCGGGGCUCCAAUGUUGCUCUGAUGCUGGAUGUGCGGUCCCUGGGGGCUGUGGAACCCAUCUGCUCGGUGAACACACCCCGGGAGGUCACCCUACACUUUCUGCGCACAGCUGGACACCCCCUCACCCGCUGGGCCCUGCAGCACCAGCCACCCAGCCCCAAGCAGCUGGAAGAGGAAUUCUUGAUCCCCUCAAACUUUGUCAACCCUGAAGAACUGGAUAUUCCUGGCCAUGCCUCCAAGGACCGAUAUAAGACCAUCUUGCCAAAUCCCCAGAGCCGGGUCUGUCUAGGCCGGGCACAGAGCCAAGAAGACGGAGACUACAUCAACGCCAACUACAUCCGAGGCUAUGAUGGGCAGGAGAAGGUCUACAUCGCGACCCAGGGCCCCAUGCCCAACACCGUGUCAGACUUCUGGGAGAUGGUGUGGCAGGAAGAAGUGUCACUCAUCGUCAUGCUCACUCAGCUCCGAGAGGGCAAGGAGAAAUGUGUCCACUACUGGCCCACAGAAGAGGAAACCUAUGGUCCCUUCCGGCUCCGCAUCCAAGACACGAAAGAGUGUCCGGAGUACACCGUGCGACAGCUCACCAUCCAGCACCAGGAGGAGUGUCGGGGAGUGAAGCACGUCCUCUUCUCUGCCUGGCCUGACCACCAGACCCCAGAGUCGGCUGGGCCCCUGCUGCGCCUGGUGGCUGAGGUGGAAGAGAGCCCAGAGACAGCUGCCAACACUGGGCCCAUCGUGGUCCACUGCAGUGCAGGGAUUGGCCGGACUGGCUGCUUCAUCGCCACCCGAAUUGGCUGUCAGCAACUGAAGGCCCGCGGGGAAGUGGACAUUCUGGGCAUCGUGUGCCAGCUGCGGCUGGACAGGGGUGGAAUGAUCCAGACCACGGAGCAGUACCAGUUCCUACAUCACACGCUGGCCCUGUAUGCGGCCCAGCUCCCUGAUGAGCCCUGCCCCUGAGCCCUGGCGCCCUCCACCAGCCCCGGAGCCAAAGUCCCCCAGGCCUGGGUAGGGGGGUCGGGCAGAGUGGGCCUCUGGAUCUGAGGCACCCCUUGGAUGGGCCCGGGGAAGGGGUGUCUCCUCGGGGGGCACACACAGUCACUGGGAGCUGCAUCAGCAAGGACUGGGACUGGACUCCAGGUCUUUAAGAUGGGCUGCUCUUCUGCUUCCUCAACUAGCCCCAGACGGACACUUGGGGGGACCUCCCAUGUCUCUCUGACUUGCGAGCCAGGAGCCGGCAUUGACCACAGAGCUGAGGAAGGAGCCCAGGAGUCCUGGUCUUGUCUAAAGUGCUCUGUGAGCUUCAUCUCUUGGUCUAGGACACAGACAUUAGGUGUUUUGCUCGCAUAGUUAAAAGCAAUCACAGAAGUUCCUAGAAGCCGCUCCACCCAGAUCCCCUUCCUGGGGCUGGCAAGACAGUGAUCCCCAGCUCUUCCACCUGGGGCCUGCCCGAGAAUAGGCCAGAUGCCAGAGCUGGGAAAAGUCUGGUCCUGACCAUGGCCAAGAUCUCGACAUCCCACCAGUGACUCUGCUUCUUCACCCCGCAUCCGUGAGGUGGGCCAGACACCACGCCCAAGAGAACAAGACCCAGACGACUCCUGUGCCCACACUUGAGUUCUGGGUUCAGGCUACACAGGUGACCAAGCCAGGCAGUUGAAACCUCUGGAAGAGGGAAAGUGUGGGAACCCCUCAGAGGUCCAGAGGGCUACCCCUGCCAGCCACUCACUCCAGCUACUCCCUAGGGAGGCCCAGCAUCCUCUGUCUUUCUUCCAUGGCCUCAGAAGAUCCCUGGUAGCAGGAGGUACAAAAGAAGAAGGAGUGACGGAGAAACAAAGAGCUUGGCCUGACUAGAAAACCAGCCCCUUGCAUUUGCAGAAUGCACCUGGAGAGCCUGGCUGAGUCCACGAAUGAUGAGGGUGAACACAUUCCAUGCAGACCUGGAGGCUCAGACGAAAUUGGGGUCCCCAUGGUCUAUUCCAGAGAACGAGCUACCUUCAGCAUCUCCGUAGCAACACAAGUUCCAGGGCACCCCACAUCUGUCUGAAGGCUCACCUCCACACUGCUGGGAAGACCUCCAAAUCCUUCAUCCUUGGAUCCAAGAUGGGCUGCCUAUGGGGAUGAAGGAAGGCAGCAGCUCUCCGGGAACGCAGCCCCUGGGUCUGCUUCGGCUGAUGCCAGUUCUCUGAGGAACCCCCUGAGGGACUGGGUCCUGGAGAACAGCUGAGCCUCCUCAUUCAUGACAUCUCUUCGGAAGAACCUGCAAUGUUGAAACUGAGGUUAAUUUUCCUAAUGCUUUUGCUUGGUCUCACAAUGGAAUUCCUCCUUCCUUACAGCCCCGGGAGUGGGCUUUCCUGCACCCACAACUUGUCUAACCCCUGUGCGAGGCACGCACAGCCUGGGCUCGUGAAGCUGGGCAAGGAGUUCACACCCAUGUACGGGCAUGGGCCCAGAGGCUCCCCUCCCUGGCACUGUCGCCCUGACCACGUUCUAGAACUUAGAGAAGUACAAGCUCUGGAAAAGGAACCAAGUGGGAGAAUAAAGGCUUUGUGGAUGACUGA